AAUCCUUUCCUCCCAACUUGUCCCAACAGACACCUUCAUAUUUUCUUCCCUUUUUCUUUCUCCUCUUUUUCCUUUUAAAUUAUCCCUCAAAAUGGUAUGUCCCUUAUUCUUCUAUAAAUAUGAUUCACUUUUUUCUUUCUUUCUAAGUUCUAACUAUACUUUACAUACAUCAACUUUUAUAUAACUCCUUCUCUCAUUCUUUUUUUCUUUUGAGAGUUAUUUUGAAUUUUCUCCAUGGAUAACAAGCUUAGAAACCCUAGCUAUACAAGCAUAGCUAAUUCAAACAAACCUAAAACCCUUGCUUUGCAUAGGGACUCUCACACAAUAUCAAAGAUCAAACCAAAGAUAAGAAUAAUUCACAUAUUUGCACCUGAGAUAAUCAAAACCGAUGCUGAGAAUUUUAGGGAGCUUGUGCAGAAGUUAACCGGGAAACCAAGUGAAGACAAAAAGAAUUUCAAGAAGAAGACAAGGGUAAUUGAAGAAUCUUCAAGGAGCACUAGUAGUGGAAGUGGUUUAUCAUCAGAGGAUUGUCCAAGAAAGGAGUUGUUGAGCAAUGGUGGAUUUUGGGGGUUGGAUGUGACAAUGGAUAGAGUGAUCAAAGAAGAAGUAAGAGAUGAGAGCUGUGGUGGGUAUUUAGGUGGAUUUUCUGAUUUGGAAGGGUUUAUUUCAGAGAUUAAUGGUGGAUUUCCUUUGUUUCCUUUGGAUGCUAGUCACAAUAUGCAAGGGUUUGAACAAUACCAUCAACAUCAACAUCUAUAGGAUAUAUAUAAAUCUAUAUAUACAAAUGUUAUGCCUUCUAGCUAGAUAUAUACAGAUCUAUUUAUAUUUUCUUCACUUGUAGCUUAUUUAUGUUUGAUUGUGAAAUAUUUUGGGUUUCUUCUUGUGAUAUAUAUAGAAUGGUUCAUUCAAGAGAUGAUGAUCAUAUUAUAAAGAAAUUUUGUCUAAUCCAAGAUUUGUUGUAGUGUAUUUUCAUUUCUAUGUGGAGAGAGCAAAUUAUGU